GACUUAGAAACAUACAGGACUUAAACUUGGUGAUAUACAGGCUGUGGGCAGGUCAUUUUAUCUGAACCAAGAACCUGAAGCACAUUUUUUGAGUCUGGACCUCAUCUGACACAAACAGGCUUUCCAGUUGAGAAGAAAGCAUCGUUUCUGUCACCAUGAUUGCCAUACAAGGAAUAGAACAGCCCCCACCAGAAGCUGGUUAUGGUGCACAGCAGCUGGGACAGCCUUUAUAUGUGAAUUCUAACUCGUGGAGAAGAAUGACAGAGAAGUUUUUGAAGGGAGAACCCAAAGUCCUUGGGGUUGUGCAGAUUGUGAUUGCCCUCAUGAACUUUGCCAUAGGAACCACAAUGAUAAUCGCUUCUGUGCCAUUUGAUCACCCAAUCCCUAUUUCAGUGUUCAUAGGGUACCCGAUUUGGGGGUCUCUGAUGUUUAUUAUUUCAGGGUCAUUUUCAAUUGUUGCGGGGAGAAGAACUACGAAAGGUUGGGUUCGCAGCAGCCUUGGCUUGAACAUCACCAGCUCCGUGUUUGCCUUCUCAGGGAUUGUAAUCACUUCACUGAGUCCAGGAAUUUUCUCUUACUUUUUUUAUGGCUGUACAUAUAGAAGCUCAUCAGAAAGCUCAGCAGAAAACUGUUACAUGACCAUGUUCAUUUUAAUGGGUCUGGAUAUUGUGAUAGUCAUUUUAAGUGUGCUGGAAUUCUGCAUCGGCGUGUCCCUCUCUGCCUUUGGAUGCAGAGUGAUGUGUUGUAACCCCGGUGAGGUUGUGAUAAUUAUGCCAUCAAGUCCUCCCACGGCAGAAACAGCAUAUCCGAAAUCACUUCGAGAAGGUUUGGUGCCAUCAGCACACCAAGAGAAAAAUGUUCCAGAAAAUCUGCACUGAUUUUUCUUUUCAAUAACCACACGUGGGAAAGCACCAGACUCCAUCUCUGAUGCAUGUGGCCAUGUGUGUGCGUGCGUGCAUGAGUGUAUGUGUGCCUGUGUGUGUGUGUGUGUGUGUGUGUGUAGAAUUCUAAUGACAUUCUCAUGUUUCUCCAGGAAGUUGGCAGAUCAUUUCACUGGUUCUCCAUAAGAGUAUCAGAACAUAAUCAAUAAACCAUCCAUCUACUGGCU